CAAGAUGGCGAACCGGUUGCAGUUUUUUCCAAAAAUUGCAUCAAAAAUCAGAUGGUCUACCAGAUUCCUUGGUGCUAAUCGUCUAAACAAACUUUACAAUGAUAAAACUACACAUCUUCAUACAUCACCCACACUCUUUGAUGCAAUCGGCAUCAAGAUGCCUUCGUUAUCGCCAACCAUGGAAGAAGGGACCAUCUUGAAAUAUUACAAAAAGGAAGGCGACCCAAUAGCACCUGGUGAUAUCCUGUGUGAGAUUCAAACAGACAAGGCGGUGGUAGCGUUUGAACUUGAUGAUGAAGGUACUUUGGCAAAGAUUUUGAAACCAGAAAACUCAAAAGAUGUCAAGAUUGGAACUUUGAUAGCUGUUAUGGUUGAAGAAGGUGACGACUGGCAAAAUGCUGAGAUACCAGCAGAGGAGGUGGAUGCAGCUGCUCCAACAGCAGCUGUUACAGAGGCAGAAGCUAGUCCUAGUCCAGCAUCAAAAGCAGCUCCAACUAGUCCGUUAGCUCACGGGACUGAGCUCUAUGGAGAUGGGCAUCUGGUUGGACCAGCUGUGAAACAGCUACUGGAAAUGUAUCAAAUAAAUAUCAAGGAUGUAACCCCGAGUGGGCCAAGUAAUACAGUUAUGAAAGGGGAUGUUUUAAAGUUUGUGAAUGAGAAUAACCUGAAACCAGUAGAUCACACAACCGCUCCAGUGUCUGUACCAGUUGCUGAACCGGCCACUGUGGCAGCACCUGUCCCUGCUGCUGCUCCUGUGACUCCAACGCCGGUCGCUUCCCCACCACCACCUCCUGCUGGCGCUGACUUUGAAGAUAAGGAACUAACCAGUAUGCGUCGAACAAUAGCUAAGAGGUUGACCGAGUCAAAGCAAACAGUGCCUCAUACUUAUAGUACUACAAGCUGUAAUAUGAAGAACCUUAUAGAAUUACGUAAACAGUUGAAAAACGAUGGUAUCAAGGUGUCUGUCAAUGACUUCAUAAUCAAGGCUUGUGCAGUUGCAUUGAAGCGCGUCCCAGAAGUAAACGCUGUAUGGGGAGGGGAAGCACCACGUCAACUGGCUGCUGUAGACAUCUCAGUUGCUGUGGCAACAGAUAAUGGACUGAUUACACCUAUUGUCACCGAUGCUGCCAGCCUAGGGGUACAGGACAUUUCAGAAAAAGUGAGAGAUCUUGCUGGCAGAGCUAGGAUUGGUAAACUUCAACUUCAUGAGUUUCAAGGGGGUUCAUUCACGAUCUCAAAUCUUGGUAUGUUUGGCAUCACAGAGUUCUCAGCUGUAAUCAACCCACCACAAGCGAGUAUCAUGGCAAUAGGUACAUCAACACUUGAACUUGACACAAAUGGGAAACCCAAGACGAUGAUGACCGUCACACUGUCGUCAGAUGCCAGGAUAGUAGAUGACUUACUCGCUGCAGAAUAUCUGGAAGAAUUUAGAGAUUUAAUGGAGAAUCCCUUCAAAAUGCUAGUUGGAGGAAAACGUCAUCGCAAGGAGCAAGCAGAACAGUUCUCAUGAGAUUAAAAGACUAAUGAAUAUCUAACCAAUCAUACAGAAAUGCAUGUUUGCAAUGUUUUAAAACUUAUAUUGUGCUCCCUUUCGUGAAGCAGUGGAUGGCCAAGUGAUGGUCAGUUUGUAUGUAAUACAUUAGGAAAACAGUUGUACAUUACAUCCAGAAAUUCUCUGUAUACUGCAAGAACCCAGUAAUUUUGUUUGUACUUACCAGGUUGUACCAGGUAAAAAAAAUUGGUGCCAAUGGCGUCAUCCACUAACAGUCUAAUGCAUAAAGCAUCGAUACUUAAUAAUGGGUGCUUGCGCUCAGUGAAACUGCUGUUCUUGGCAAAUGGCUUCUUAAUCUUAGACCUUAGGGCAUUUUUGAUAUCUCAAGACAAGCAACACGUACAGCAGUGCUUCUGAGAAAUUCAAGUCCAUGUCGAUGUCUUUUAUUGGUUGAUUAGUUGAAGAAUUAUUUAUGAAAGUAUGCUAUUUUGGUAGUACAUAAUUAUUGUAUAUAACUUGUACCAAUGAGUGUACAUUAGAGUCAUUAAAGUUAUAAUUGAUGUUGA